GUGGGUACGCAACAGCAGACAGGCAUUACAGACAAGAAAAGACUGAAGAGCAUGGCAAACAGUGACUGCCGAAGGGCCCAGUUUAAUCAAAGACUGGUCUAAUCUUAAUCAAGAUUUUUAAAGUCAUCUCACAUUCAACAAUCAGCAAAGGCACCAAGACCUCAGGCUACCAGAGAUCCUGUGUGUUGCACUGGGGGAUGUGGGAAAUCAGGCACAGUUUGACUGGAUAAUGAAGAGAUAGCCGACACGGACCUCUGCUAGUGUUAAAGGAGAUAUUCGAGAGUAAGCUACGGCUACCGAGUUCGAAACAGCAAUCAGGGUAAUCCAACCACCGACGACAAUGUCCAGCGAAAGCACGGAUCUCGUCUAUUUGAUCACCGGGGGAUGUGGUUUCCUUGGACAGCACCUGUUACAAGUUCUUCUUGACAAGGAGGACCACAUAUCAGAGAUUCGCCUAUUUGAUAAACACAUUGACGCCAAUAUACAGGAUCAAAGCACAGAUCGGGUGAAAGUGACUGUGAUCCAGGGAGAUAUCACUGAUUACGCCAGUGUGGUGGAUGUCUCUCGGGGAGUCGACGUGGUCAUUCACACAGCCAGCCUGGUGGACGUUUGGAACAGAGUCCCUGAGAGACUAAUACAGGCUGUCAAUGUGCAAGGCACGGAGAACAUGAUCAAUGCCUGUGUGGAGAACGGGAUUCAGUAUUUAGUGUACACCAGCAGUAUGGAGGUGGUGGGGCCCAACGUGAAAGGAGAUGCUUUCAUUAGGGGUGACGAAGAUACAAAGUAUAACAUUUUCCAUGAGAUGCCCUAUCCCAGGAGCAAGGCGGCCGCAGAGAAAAAGGUCCUGGAGGCCAAUGGCACAAAGGUUAAGGGUGGAGCCCCUCUGUACACAUGCUCCCUCAGGCCUACCGGUAUCUAUGGUGAACAGCAUCAGCUCAUGAAGGAGUUUUACCAGAAUGGGGUGCGGACUGGAGGUUGGCUGAUUAUGGGUGUCCCCCGCGAAACAGAACAUGGGCGGGUGUAUGUCGGCAACGUGGCUUGGAUGCAUUUGCUGGCGGCCCGUGCGCUUCGUGAGCACCCUGAGAGGUUGGGAGGGGAAGUGUACUUCUGCUACGAUGACUCACCCUACAAGAGCUACGAGGAGUUCAACAUGCAGUUCUUGUCUGCCUUCAACUUCCGGCAGCUUCGUAUGCCAGUGUGGCUCCUGUGGUUCAUCGCCUGCUUUAACGAUCUCCUGCACUUUCUGCUCAAGCCGGUGUGCUGCUACGCUCCUCUGCUCAACCGCUACACGCUGGCUGUGGCCUGCACCUCCUUCACCGUGCGCUCCGACAAGGCCCAGCGGCACUUCGAGUAUCGCCCGCUCUACGACUGGGAGGAGUGCCGAGCCCGAACCCAACGUUGGGUAGACACUUUCCCUCUCACAACAGAACAUGCCAAAAAUGCCUGAUUUAUGGCUCGACUCUUAACAGGCAUUCUGUUUGUUCCUCUUUAUUUUGUAACUCAUACUCUAUUGUUUAUGAGGACACACACUUGUCAUGAUAUAAUCAACUGAUUGAAUACUGGAAUGAGUUUACAGGAAAGUAAUCAAUGCCAUUUGAUGCUCAUAUAGAUGACUGGUGUGGCAGCACCGGCCAGAAAAACUUGGCAAUAAAAUGUGUUCCCAAUUGAUUAAUGAAUGUUCAACAAACAAACAAAAAAUGGAUUUGGGGUUAAAUCAAGCACAUUAAAAUGUCCUUUGAUUAUUCUGUGUGCAAUAACAAGAAAACAAACAGUGCAGAAGAUCAGAAAGUCUGAAUCACUCUUCAGAAAAGUUUGAAAAGAAUGUUUAAGAGGAAGAAUGUGUCAUAAGUAUCUGUAUUGUAUUACUAUUUUAUUGUAUAUCUAUUUUGUUCCAUUUCUUUUUCAGUCUCAAGUUGGUAAUGUGAAGUGAACUGUGUGUAGCCCUAAGGUUCUCAGAAAAAAGGGAAACAAUGUGAAUGACAGAAUGUUGUUGUAUGUAUGUAUAUUUUUAAUGGUUAAGAAAGUUUGUUGUUAAGAAAGUGUCUAUUUUUCAGAUGUUUUGACUGAAGUGAAAUGUUUUCCUGAACAUUUCCUGAACUGCAGUAUAUGGUAUGCCACUAGUGUGUGUAAAACAAUAUUCCCAGAUGCCAUUGAGAUGAAAUUGUGGUGAGUUUGGAGAUUCGGGCAAUACAUUGCACUGCGACAUCGUUAUUCCUUUUUGGAAAUUGCAGUUGAAAGAUUUGGUUAGAGAAGAGACUUGUGUUUUCAUCCAUGAACUGUUUAUUUCUUAAUAUUCAUCCAUUACCUCAGUGUCAUUGUUCUCAUCCAUAGCAUUAUCAGUCAAUAUAUCAUCCCUUAGGCAUAACAAUAUGUAGAGGAAAUUGAUUAAGAUUUGAUUAUGUUUAUAUCUGUCUUACUACAGUAUUACGUUGUAACCAUAUUGAAAAGGGAACAGAACGUCUAUGACCAUUCCAAAUGUAGUUUUCUCUACAAUGCUUGAAGUACUUAUGCUUGUCAGGUAAAGGACUUCAUGUAUGUCACCAUACAUUUGACAUGGACACAGAAAUGUAUUCUUGUUAUUAAAAGUGUAAUUUUGUAUUGUAUAAUUGAAAAAUAUAUUUAUUGUAUUGUUAUUGUAUUUAUUUCAACUAAUUAUAAAGACAAAUAAAUGAUUUUAUCUUUUCAA